AGAGGUGGGAGAGAAAAGAGGCAGGGCAUAUCCUGAGUCAGGACACUGACGUUCUCUGUGGUGCAAGUUUUGUGUGAGUCAUGAACUCGCUGGAUCCUUUUACAAGGUGUAAUAAGUUUGACAGGCUGUGGAAAUAAAAAGCUCUGCGUAACUUAUCAUGGAUUUAACACGGCCGUAAACAGAGGUGAAACUCAGGAAACAAGCUAAGCCUGUUUGUUUCAGUUCACUGGCUCCAUAGCAACUUGUGCCACGAUAACAGCAAGUUAAUCUCUUACCAAGAAAAAAAGAACAAUAUCACAAGGAGAGCAUUAAUGCACCUGCCUAACUAGGCUGCUGGAAAACAGAAAAAAUGCUCUAGGACUUCUACGGAGCUCCAAUAAGCAAUGUUUUUCCCCAAAUGGACCUUUUGGUGGAUCUUUACCAUUCUGUGCUCUUCAGCCUGCGGUUUGGAGUUCAUAGAAUCUAACAGCGAUGCAGUCAUUUGCCCACAGGCAUUCACUGACUGCACCAUCGAAGAUGCUAUGUACAAUGGAGAGGACACCAUGGACAUUUCAUUUGAACCCUCUUUCAGCCUCUGCUGUAAGACCAAAAGUGAUUGUGCCCUCUGUCUUGUGGUAGAGUCAGAGGUCAGCAUCCCAGUGGAUAAUGAGGUGGAAAAGGAAAGUCACUCUGGCACUGACGAGGAAGAGGACGAGUACACGAGAAAUGAAAAAUCUUCUAUGACAGUAUGUUACCAGCAUGUAGCCAGCAAUUUACCCAUGUGCAAGAAGGUGGAGUUUACAGUGAAUUACACAACUCUUGAACUCAACUAUACAACUCACCAGAGCAAGAACAAGAUUUCUAUAGUGAUCACAGAGGUGUUUCACUUCAGCAGCCAAAUAGAUGUCUAUCCCAACAAAUUAAAUUUCCAAAGGCAAAGACUUGUUGCACCUUCAAAAGAGGAUGCGUGUUCCCAGGAACUCCAGCCGCAAAAUAUACCUAUGUGUCCAGUGUCUGCAUUCAAAUUUAUUCCAGUUUACAAGGAGGAUUAUAUAGAGCUGCAGAUCGUGGGCAACACUGAAAUCCAUACCUCGCUAUGUGUCAAAUACGAAAAGAAUGGACACUGCCGGAGACUGACCCAGACCACCAUCCCUUUGUAUUCUGUGGCCCACUGCAUGUGUAUACAGGCAUGGGAUGAGAGUGAUGAAAAAUCCAUCCGCUCUCAAAGUUGCCCCUUUGAAAGAACUGGGUUACCAUCUCAUUUACAAAACCCUACGUGGAAGAAUGUCUCGGUGAAUGUGCGUCUGGCUCAACUGAACGACGGGAGCGCAGUUCUUUUAUGGAACCUUACUGCCCCCUGCAGGCUGGAUGGUGAAGUGUCGCUCCAUGGGAAACCAGGCAUUCCCAAAGGAGGAAAUGAGCGCAAGCAAAGGUUUGCUGCUGUAAACCAGUGGAAACAAAACAGCGAGGACCUUUGGGAAAGACAAGGUGCAUUUCAAAAUGUUGAUGAAAGGAUUUCCCAGUGUGUGAUGGUGAAAAUAAAUGGAACACAUCAGAAAUUUGGUCCAUUCUGCGCUGUUGACAAUGGCAGAUGGCACUGGACUCUUCUAGUUGUUGGCAUUAUGCUGCUUGUUUGUCUCACUACCCUAAUGAUUUAUUUCCUUCGUGAUUAUGUCAAGAAAUGGGUGUGGAGCUGGCGACAUGGUGGAUUUGUAAAGAUUGGUAGGAAGGGUCAUGUGGUGCUGCUUAGCCCCCCAGAUGUGGAUAACACGGUUUCGGAGAUGGUUUGUCAGCUGGGCUCCCAGCUUUGUUGCCAAGGCUUCAGUGUGUCCGUGGACCAGUGGUGCAGGAAGGAUCAAUGCACAAUGGGACCUCUGCCAUGGCUCUACUCCCAACUGCAGAAGCUGGACAAUAUGGGUGGUCGAGUUGUACUGGUUAUAACCCAGAAAGCCUUGCAAAAAACAGAAGAGUGGACCCUCCUGAAUAACGAUGGCGAAGUAAGGGAACCACAGCUGAUGAGGUCGCCUUAUUCAGAUCUAUUUACGGCCUUGUUGUUCAUUAUAUAUGCCCACAAGAAGCUGGGUAGGGCGGCCCAACGCUUUGUUCUGGUGAAAGUUGACUCCCACCAAACACAGAGUCACAUCAGAGACAACAGACUUCCAGAGCUGCUUCAGGGGCUCCCUCUGUUUCUUCUCCCCUCUCAGGCCCAAUCGUUCACAGCUGAGCUGACUGUAUAGCGACAACGAUGGGGUCAAGGGAAAAGACAAGCAAAGGUUUGAAGAGGAAUAUCUGAAGUAGAUGGAAGAUUUGAAAAUCAUUUUGCUAAAAAAAAAAACAUUUAAAAACCUACAGAUGUCAUAUUUAACUACUGCUGUAAGGUGGACAUGAAGGGCAUGUUCACCUGGACUGCGUAUCACAAAGAAGAAGAUCUUUAAGCACUGAGAUUGGUAAUUGAAGAAAUACAUCAGAAUUUUACAAAUGAGGUUCUACUAAUACGUUUUAAGGAUAUGAUAUCUUCCCUCCAUUGUAUACCUCCCUUGGUUUCCUCAUUUAAUAUAAAGCCAGCCUGGCCCCAAUGCCAAAGCAUGUGGUUAGUCCGACAGGGUCCAACUACAAAGCCGACUUUUGGCAUCUUACAACUCAACUCAAAUCUUUAAACUUUUUGUAACUGCAGUUUCAUGAAUCUUUAAAAUCACCCUCAUAUUUGCAUUGACCAGUUAUUUACAAGAAAGCUAAUGAUUAUUCAACCAGGAAGUGAAGGUUGGAGGCAGUACACCACAAAUAAUUUUCCUGUGAAGAAAGGGUACAAAGCAAAGUUUAUUUAUUUUAUUUUAUUUCGGUUCAAAUAGUUGAUUCAUUAUGGAGAAAUGAAAGUGGUGUAAAAGGAGCAUUCAGUAUAAUAUUUAUGCUUUUUGCUCUGCUUUACUUUUAUAUAAGACAGUUAAUCUGACUGGAAUGCUUCACGUUUUGUUUUUAUUAAGUUUAGCACUGGACGAUCUAUGGUGGCACACGGCAUCCUACUUUCAAUGAUAACCCUUUAACAUAACUUAUCUUCAAGUCCUGAACUGUGCCUUUAAUAAUAUUUUUAGGGUCAGUAAAUAUUAUAAAAAAGUCUGUGUUGGUAUUGCUGUCAACCCUUUGCUAAAAAUCAGAAAUAUUUUUUUUCUAAAUAGGUAAAGUGCGACGAUCAUAACUAAACUUAAAUAGUGAUACGUAUAAAUAUGAAUUAUAAAACAAUGAACAUUGUAACUUAUCAAAUCUGUUUUUAUUGUAAAUAAAUUGUAAGGACAUUAUUUUACUCAUUUACAUGAGUCAGUAGGAAUGAAAGCUAUAAGUUUAUCUGAUGACAUUUUUUUAGAUAAACAUGAAUUUAUUAUCAGUUUACAUUUAAGCGGUACAACUUUUAACUUUUAAACCUACACCCUUGGUUCAUGUGCAGUAUAUGAACUAGGGAAACUAAAUAAACUGAAGACAUGGAUGCACUUUUACCAGUGCAAGAAGGUAGAGCUUAUUGGUUCAGCAAAGUGUCAGUUUACCAGGCUACGGUGAACUUGUAAAAUAUAUUUUACAACAAUCCAGGGCGGUGAUGUUUGUACAGUUGGCUGCUAGCCACAGGCCCCACUUGGGUUUUUUCGUUCUAGUUUGCAGGCAAAUAGAGUGUCGGGUGUCAGAAGCCCUUCUGUUAGAUUGUAUUGAUGACAUGUGCAACAAGAACGUAAACAGACGCAGUUCUCUAAAGUUUGUUUUUAAAUCCACUUUUUAUUGGCUGCAUAUGCUCUGUCACUAUUAGUUUUACAGCAAGUUUUUUAUUUUUUUAUUGAGAAAUUUAAACCAAGACAUCAUCUGAAAGAUACUUGUUUAUAGGCUUACUCAGUUUAAGAGUCUCUUUUUAAGCAUACAUAUUUUUCAUCCAGUUUCAAAGAAGUACCAAAGACUACUGAUUUGUAUUAUUUUGUGGAGCUUUGAGGUAAAAGUAAAUGCACAGUUUUAUUGUUUACAGGUACUGUGUUACCACAGACAAUAUUUAGAGUGGUAUAAUUAUAUUUAAGACCUACCGGUACUUUGUAAGUAAAACUCUCCAAAAGGAAAGUGUUGAGGAAGCCUGCAAUGGCUUGAAGUAUUUGUAUAUUUUACACAGUGUUGAUAUUGAUUGACUUUAUGUACUUAAUUACCUAUAGUCAUGGUAAAAAGAAGGUACACUUUCUGCCUAGACAGUAUUUACAGUCAUAUUCAAUAAAUUGUAUUAUUGAAAAGUUUGUUUACUUGAAGAACUUGAAUCACCAAUUGAAACACAUUACACACAACAGAAUGCAUAUUCUAAUUUAUUGAAUAUGACUUUAAAUAUGAAACACAUAUGCAUAACCAUGGGCCCAAUCAAUGACCCCAUUUAUUUGUUUAGACAUGUUUAAUACUGGACAUUGUUGGGUUAAAAGAUCUUUAUAUGUCUUUAUGUCUUGUUCAGUUUGAACUGAUUUUCCUGACACCCACCUAAGACCUUCAUAGUUUGUCCAACUGGUCCUUCUGAUAUUUUUUAAUCAGACCAAGUAUUGUCAUAAAUGAUCUCUUUGGGCUCAUAUGCACUUGGUGGCUGGGUAUUCAUUUUGGGGUUUUCACAAUGAAAUCUAACCUCCGCUGUACAAAAUAUAAAAUAAAUAAGAAAAUGGUGGAAAAAACAAGUUCACACUAAUAUACAAAAAUAUGUAUUCAAAGGUAAUUUUUUACAUGACUGUAUAUGCAACUUUGAAAUAGAAAAGUAACAUCAGAUGUAAAAAUACAGGAAAAUGUUAUGUUAAGUGAUAAGACUGAACAAGAAGUAUAUUACAAAAACAGUCAUAUGAUCCUUUAUGUCAAUUAGAAAUGAUAUCAUAUUUUAUUGACCUUGUAUUAAGACUGUAUUAAAGGUAAAUCCUGUUUUUACAAUCCAGCGGUACUCUGCUGAGUGGAUGCAUUUGUUUCCCCAAUUCUUAAUAAACCCUAAUUAGAAACUGU